AUGGGACAAUCUACAGGUGGUUUGGGUGAUUUUGGUUUCGUCUCAGAUCUAUCACCCUUAGGAUCACUGUCGUAUUGUCUCCAUAAAGAAUUUGCGGACAAGUUUGGUGGUCGAGAGAAAUGGGGUUUCAGCGACUUGGAGAUCUACCGCGUCUCACCAAAGAACUUUUCUGGCGACCUGUCGCCCCCCGUUAGUUGGGGGCCUGCUCCGCCAGUGGAAAAAAGAGUAUCUGAACUUCCAAAUUGGGUGACCACAUCGGAUGACUGGAAAGUUCGGUCCCUCGCUGCAGCCCCUCAUGCAGCUCAUGUGUAUGUAACCCAAGCCACAAGGGUUAAAGCUCAUUGUUAACAUAGAAUCAGUGACCCCCGAAAAUUUGGUCGGUUCUUACGCGAGCUAUGUUAAGAGCUUGGCGUGCAAUUUUAUCUCAACUCGGAGGUUACCUCAAUCCAGAAGAACGACCAAAUGCACGCAUUCGCGAGUGUUACUAUUAAGGCUCAUGAGAAAAAGUCUCGCACUUAUACUAUUCCCUGUAAUUCUAUUGUCAUUGCGGCCGGUCCUUGGUCAGGUCGCGUCUUCUCGCAACUCUUUCCCAACAGCCAUCUAAAGCUACGGAUCAAUAGCACAAAUUCGGCUGGUAACCACGCCACAAUUCGCAACCCACGCUGGCCAUCCUCAGACGACGAAAACGGUGUCAGUCAAGUCUUUCUCAAUAACUUUCUCCAAGGCUCAGAUCGCCUGGACAUCACCUCCUACCUUGGAGGGAUGCUAUAUGUUGGAGGCUGGGGUGCGAAUCCAGAGCCCGUACCAAAGUACGCGGACAACGUCGAGGCUCAACCCGACCAGAUCAGGGCCAUGUUGGCAGUAGCACGUCCCUUUCUUCGUCUUGAACCCGACCAGGAACUAGAAGUACUAAGUACUGGUCGUUGCUACCGCCCUCUGGCAGAACCUAAUCAUCCAAUUAUUGGCAAAGUUCCGUGGUGUUUGGUUGGUGAUAAUACUCCUGAAACUGGUCAUAAUAAUUGGACAAUCCAUGGCGGCUUAUACAUCAAUACUGGUCAUAAUAGUGAUGGAGUCACUCUUGGACCAGGCAGUGGAAAGGUUUUGAGUGAAUAUAUUUUAGGACUGCCCCCUUCUGUUACAGUACCAGUUGUCGGGCUGGAUAAAAUAUCUUGUCAGCAAUCCCACCUAUAA